GCUUGCUUGUCCCUUCAUUCUCAUAUCAAUCAAUCAAAUAAAUCAACAACAUACCAACAAACAUAAUCGAAUAAGAACGCAAUGGCUGAUACAAGAUUCAAGCUCAACACCGGUGCCGAGAUUCCGGCAUUAGGACUCGGUACAUGGCAAUCUGAGCCGGGCGCAGUCGCGAAAGCCGUUGCUUACGCACUGUCAGUUGGAUACAAACAUAUCGAUUGCGCAUAUGUCUACGGAAACGAAGAGGAAGUAGGACAAGGACUCAAGGAAGCUUUCGCAUCUGGAGUAAAGAGAGAGGAUAUCUUCAUUACUACCAAAUUAUGGUGCACAUAUCAUACACGAGUCGAAGAGGCUCUUGAUAAGAGUUUGAAGAGGUUGGGAUUGGAUUAUGUCGAUUUAUAUUUGAUGCAUUGGCCAGUUCCUAUGAACCCAGAUGGAAACCACGAAUUGUUCCCCAAACAUCCCGAUGGCUCCCGCGAUCUUCAAACAGAAUGGUCCCACACCCAAACAUGGCAAGAACUCGAGAAAGUUUCCAAGACCGGUAAGACCAAGGCUAUCGGAGUUUCGAAUUACAGUGUAAAGAACCUGGAAGAAUUGUUUUCCAAGGCUACUAUCACUCCAGCCGUCAACCAAAUUGAAAAUCACCCUUCAUUGCCUCAGCAGGAAAUUUACGAUUUGUGCAAGUCAAAGGGAAUCCACAUCACAGCUUACAGUCCUCUUGGAAGCACUGGUAGCCCAUUGUUUACUGCUGCCCCGAUUGUCGAGGUUGCCAAGAAGAGGGAUGUACCACCAGCUUCAAUAUUGCUUAGCUACCAUGUUGCUCGGGGAAGCUCGGUCCUCGCAAAGUCCGUUACUCUUGAAAGAAUAAAGGCAAACAUGAACAUCGUAAAAUUGGACGAUGCGGACAUGAAGAUCUUAAACGAUUACUCAGACGACCUGAAGAAGAAUGGAAAACUCAUGCGAUAUGUGUUCCCAGCAUUCGGCGUUGACUUGGGAUUCCCAGAUAGAAAGCCUUAGUCCGAAGAUCCGAGCUAAUGUCGAGGAACCUUCCUUUGAAUAGGAAUUGGCCAGAAGACAAACUAAGAUCCAUGAUUCGAAGUUUCGCAAUCUGUGUAUAGGUAUAUAGAAGUUAGAAUAUAAUGGAAACAACUGUUA